CUGUUUUCUUCUUUUAAACAGUAACAAUUCCGAAGACAAAUACUUAUCAUUAUGUGCUGAGUGCCUGACUUUCUAGGGGUGGCAUAAGAGGGAAGGACAAAUGAAACCCAGUUCAGCAGGUCAGGAUCUAAAAUUAAACCACCAGUAAAAUGCAGAGGGGGCAAGGUUUAUUUUGCUCUGUGCCUUGAAGCAGCACAAGCUAGAGGUUUUGCUUGGAGUGUUGUAAACUUAUACUGAGCAGCUGCUUUUCACUGUUUAGAAAAAAACCAACCAUCAAGCUUUAGAAGUCGGGUUGAGCAGAGGUUACAACACAACCCAUAAAGUUUAUGUAGUAUUCCAGGAGUUAAGAAAGCAUAAACCAUUACUAUUUAAUUAAUACAGCUUCAAUUAUAAUCUCAAUGUUGUGUUAAGAGACUAUGCAUUCCUCCCAGACUUUCCUGCAGAGGUGUGCUCAUCUAAAGCACUUGCCCUCAAUGAAACACACCCUGUGAACUUGUCUCUUCAUUACAUCUCUAUGUGUAGCGAAGUUAGCAAGUGAACAUUUCAAAUUGCAUCUUACUUAAACAUAGUGAGCAAAUGCAAUACAUGAGGCUGGACGGUAUCUUAGUUGAGAAAAAAAGGUUAUAAAAGAUAUUUUGAGGACAAUCAAACUUGAAGAUGGACUGAAUAUUAAAUGGUAUUGAGGGAUUUUCUUAGGUAAUUGUAUUGUCCUUCUGAAGCAAAUGUCCUCAUUCUUAAAAAAAAGGAAGCUGAAGUACCGUCCUGCUUUAGUCAAGGAGAAACAUUCUGAGAAAUGAGACAGGCGAUUUCGUCACUAGGCGAAUAUCAUUGAGGACUUACGCAAACUUAGAGGGGAUAACCUACUACACACCUAGCUGGAUGGUACUAAUCUCAUGGGACCACCUGGUAUAUGCGUCCGUCGUUAAUCGAAACGUCGGUAUGCGACGCACGACUGCAUUUAGGGGUAUUUUGAUGUAUGCAACUUAUUCAAACGGUCUAGCAAAAAGGCAUACCUGUUUUCUGUAUAUUUGAACAUCUUCAUAAUAGAGAAUUGGGGUGAGGGGAACAAAGGGCAUCUUUUUAAAGUUCCCUUAGCCAAGAGCCCUGUGCAGAACUGAGCAGUAACUUAAAUUUUACCCUUUGGGUUUGUAGCGCUGUUUAUUCUCUUCGUUGCACCCCAGGUACCACUCAGCGAGGCAGUCUCGGCCCCACCCAGGUCAAGCAGCUGUUAAUCACCCUUAAGUCAAUAAGGUUCCGCAACAAUCCAGCCUGAAGGGGUAAAGUCCACACCCGACAUAAUCUUCUUUACAUUCCUACAGUACACACGGCACGUUCACUUUCAAACUGCAGAAUAGUUUGAUUUGCAUUUUCUAGCAGUCGUAUCCGCGUUUGGGGCCUGUGUGUGUGUUUUCCCAAUGUAUCCCCCCACGCCGGUCCCAGAGGACGUUUCUGGCUCAUGGACACAUCCGAGGACUCUUACAGAGAACUCUUUUUGCCCAACCACUCAUUGUUGAAUUCUAUUUCGAUCUGUCUAUGCUUAAAUUACUUCUUGAAACAGCUAAAUGCAUCCUGCAGUUUAAAAAGAAAAUCUGGGAGAAACUCAGCAUCACAAUUUUAUGCUCUUAAGUCAUCAUGCUGAGAUUCAAAAGGAAACAAAUUUCGAUGAGGAUUCUGUGUACCAGGAGGCUGUGACAGCAUCUUAAGAGGUCAUAAGCCCACUGUGGCAAGGCAGUGCCUUCGUUAAUAUUCACUACCUACUGCACACAGUUGGAAUUCCAGUUCGGAUGCUUGGCCCCCGGGCUCAGGGAGCCCUAGGUGGUGAGCAUGCUGCCGCCAGCACUUGUCUGCGGCGACUGCGCGGGCCCCGGGAGCCCAGAUCCCAUUCAGCCGUGGCAAUUAUGGCUGGUGUGCGGGAAUGCGUUCCUGUCCUCUGAAGGCCGCCUUCUGGCUGGAAACAGGGUAACCCAGUUCUUCAGAGGACAUGGAUGAAAAUGAAAGCAGCCAGUCCCUGAUGACAAGCAGCCAAUACCCCAAAGAAGCAGUAAGAAAACGCCAGAAUUCAGCACGGAGUUCUGGCGGGAGCGAUUCUUCAAGGUUCUCCAGGAAAAGUUUCAAACUGGAUUACAGACUAGAGGAAGAUGUCACCAAGUCAAAGAAAGGGAAGGAUGGAAGAUUUGUCAACCCUUGGCCAUCGUGGAAAAAUCUGUCUAUUCCAAAUGUCCUCAGAUGGCUGAUAAUGGAGAAAGAUCACAGCGGUGUUCCCAGCUCCAAAGAGGAGCUUGAUAAAGAACUCCCAGUGCUGAAACCGUAUUUUGUCGAUGACCCUGAACAAGCUGGCGUGAGGGAAGCUGGCUUACGAGUCACGUGGCUGGGACACGCGACGGUCAUGGUGGAGAUGGAUGAGCUGGUUCUUCUCACGGACCCCGUCUUCAGCUCCCGCGCCUCGCCGUCGCAGUACGUGGGUCCGAAGCGUUUCCGUCGACCCCCGUGCACUGUGAACGAACUGCCCCGGGUAGACGCGGUCCUUAUCAGCCACAACCACUAUGACCACCUGGACCACAACUCUGUCAUCGCUCUGAACGAGCGGUUCGGGAAUGAGUUGCGAUGGUUUGUGCCUUUGGGUCUCCUCGACUGGAUGCAGAAAUGUGGCUGUGAGAACGUGAUUGAGCUGGACUGGUGGGAGGAGAACUGUGUCCCUGGACGCGACAAGGUCACCUUCGUCCUCACGCCUUCCCAGCACUGGUGUAAGAGGACUCUGAUGGAUGACAACAAGGUGCUCUGGGGCAGCUGGUCUGUCCUGGGGCCUUGGAAUCGAUUUUUUUUCGCAGGAGACACUGGUUAUUGCUCUGGUUUUGAAGAGAUAGGAAGAAGAUUUGGGCCUUUUGACCUGGCUGCUAUUCCCAUUGGAGCUUAUGAACCAAGGUGGUUUAUGAAAUACCAGCACGUAGACCCGGAAGAAGCUGUAAGGAUUCACAUUGACGUUCAAGCGAAGAAAUCUGUGGCCAUUCACUGGGGGACGUUUGCCUUGGCGAAUGAGCAUUACUUAGAGCCCCCACUGAAACUGAGUGAGGCUCUAGAAAGAUACGGACUUAAGACUGAAGAUUUUUUUGUCUUGAAGCAUGGAGAAUCAAGAUACCUUAACACUGAUGAAAACUGAAUAAAUACGAGCACAGGAGCUUUUAAUGAAAAAGACAUCAUCUGAUACAUCUUUGAAAAGACUAAGAAAUUGACGAGUAUGAUGCUUUUUCACAUUUGGAAAGGACUUCCGCAAGUUGGUGUGUUAUGUUUUGUGUAAUAACUUGCUCACUGACACGAUUGCCAGUUCCUAUAAACGAAGAAGAGUUCAGGCUGGGUCACCUAAGGACCCAGCUGGCUGAUGUGGAUUCUGAAUCAUUCUCUGCCAUAAGCAUGGCAGGGGGAUUUUUUUUUUUUUUUUUUUUACUAAAGCAUUACACUUUAAUGGUAGAAUUUUGAGGUUGUGAAAAACUGAUUUUAAAGACAUUUCUGUUCUUAAGGGGCUUCUAUAAGGUGAGUCAAGGCUGUCUGCUUACCCAGAUUUUUUCAGAGGCUUGCACAUAACAUUUCUUAUAUUCACAUUAGAGUAAAUGAUGAAAUUGACUCUCACAUGCUCAUAGCAGUUUGCGCUCUAUUAGCAUUAGCUUAUACGCCAAAUGUUGUGAUUUUUUUUUAAGCAUAAAAACCUAGGAGUUUGGGCUAAGUUACCACUUUUAAAGACUUAAUUUUUAAAAAGAGGGGAACACUAUAUUCUACAACCCCCAAAUCAAAAGCACCUGAGCUGAGCAGAGGGAGUUUGUUCUAAGAAAAUGAUUUAUGAAAGUCUCCUGUUUUAAUCUAAAAGUCAGAUCUGCUAAGCACAAAUAUAGCUGCAAGGAAAUGAUAUUUUACAAAGAUAGAUGCAGAUCUUAAAUGUUAAUAGACCACACACUUUGAAUUAAAUUUUAUCCUCUCCACGUUCCAUUUUCUCUCCUGGUUUCUUAGCUCGAAAUAUAUCAAUAAGAUUUAUAAAUAUUUUGUUUUACAUGAUUCAGAUGUCUUCUAUUUUUAUAUUAAAUGGCCCUAAGCAUGAUUCUUUUAUUAAGCCAGUGUGGAACACUAGUGGUAAAAAAAAAAAAAAAAGUUGGUGAUUCUGGGAAUCAGCUGACCUGAGUUUUUGUCCUGUAAGGGCUUGUGGUCCCUGGAUGGUUUUGAACCCUCCCCUCCUCAGUGGGAGGGCUGAUGAGGUACAGCAGAGGCCCAUUCUAUCUUCAUUCUGUCUUCCUGAUCCACAGUCUCAGUGAAACAAACUUUGUUCAUGCAAAAUAAUCAAAAUAGGUUUUCUGCAUCAAAUGCUACCCAGGCAGAGCUCUACAGCACACAUACAUGCAUGCCAUGUUAGCCACGCAUCUCAACUUCAAUCCUGCCUCCACCAUGGAUUUUGUGUACCCCGAGACAAGUCACCUAUGCUCACUGUGCCUGUUUCCUCAUGCGCAACAAGAGGAUAAUUUUGACCUACCUCCGAAAAAUGUGAAUAAAUAGAUUUUUUAAAAAGAAAAGCACUUUGAAAAUAUAAGAGAAAAUGAUUUCUUAAGAUAUCAUUGCCUAAUACAGACAGGUAGAUUUGACAGCUGAAACUAGGCUAAUGCUUUUGAUAAUAUAAUAUUCCUGCUGUAGACUUCGGCAUAUAUAUUAGGAAGUAACAACUUUAUCUCAUUUUGGAAAUCUGGAGAGUAAUAGCCAAAAUAAAUGUAAAUGAUCUUUAUCAAAAUUUAGCAUUUUUAUCAACAAAGAUGCAAAUCCGUCAAGGGGAAAUGUAUAUGUAAUGUGAAUGUAUGUGAUUUUGGGGCACUAAAGCACAAAAAAUUUCCCCAUAAAAUAAACCUUCAGGAAAAAAAUUGAACAAGCAUAAAUGUUUUCACUUCAAAGGAAUAUUCAGCAAGUAGACGUGAAUCAGGAUGUUAGGUUUAUGGUGGAUUUGCUCUGGGCAGUGUUGCCCUGGGACCAGCCAGUGUUCUGUGGUCGCCUUCCUUGCUGUUGCACGCCAAACUGAAAAUUCAUCUCUUACCUCUGCUCCACGAAGCAAGUGCAUCUUGCUUAAUUAUUUCUGCUCCAUGAACGGCCUUGACGUUAUUUUUGUAUUCACAUGUACUGUUAGAUGAGGAUCUCUAAGCACUUUAUGUCCUACUUCCACUUAAUGGGGCCUGCCUCAUUUUUCUAGGCUUCCUCACAAGCUUUUUUUUUCUUAGCACUCAUUCUUUCUACUUUGACGUUUUAUUCAUUAAGAAUACACCGAGGUUCAUCUCUCCUUAUAGACUCUCGCUCUGCUGAGUGGUUCCCAUUUUAUUUUUCACUUACGUGCAAAGCAAAAACAAAUUUUGAAAAAUAAGACAAAUCCACUCUCUUUCCUCCAUUCCGUUUAAAAUGUCAUCACACCUUUUAAUCUGUCUUAUCCUCUAAGUCAAUUUCAUUUUCCUUUUUGAUUAGCUGGCAUCUACACCAGUAUGUGAGAUUUUACUGAGGUUUGCCCCUCUCCUAUGAUAACUGAGGAACGCUGUCAUUCCUCAUUGUCCAAGAGGGGGAAACGUCAAUUAGGGGAAAUCCCCCCUAAUAAAAGCCAACAUGUGCCACGACCUAAGUGGAUAAAGACCCACCUUGCAUUUUCACGGUGCAGUUCUUUCUAGGUAGUUAAAAAUGACUCCCCUUUUUCUCUAGCAUUCUGACAUUUCAGACUGAACGCUCAGAUCUCUAGGAAAUGGGUUUAUUCAUUCAAACUAAUAACAGAGGAAAAGAAAAGAGUUUCAGAAUACACUGCUGUUAGAAGCACAUUGAAACCAAAUCCUAGUUUUUAAUGUGUGCACGUUUUGAAUAUAUAUUUUCAUUAAAUAAGCAGGCAGGUUAAAAAAAACGUAUAAAGAAAUGUGCCUUUCAGAGAAUUAAUACUUAUGUUUGCAUCACUGAUAAAAUAUUAUUCAUAGCUAUCAUCUGUACAUUACUACUGUAGCCAAUUGGGAAUUUACAUGUUUUCACCCUAAUACUGAAUCCUUUUUCUAUUGUAAAAAUAUUUCUCCCAAGUUUGAUUUCUGUAUCAGGAUAACCCUGAGAAUACACGUAUUUUUGUUUGAGGAUUUGUGACUUCCUAUGGAAAUCCAUGUAUUUACAAAUGAAAUUUAAAGUAUUCCUAAAGCUUUGCCUUAAAUACAUGAGUAGGAAAGCUUGUGCCUGCAGAGUGAUUUACUUAAUGCUAAGCAUGGUGGCAGUUAUGAACUUGAAUAUUAUAAAACCUGACAAUUAGAAUAUAUCGCUAAGUUGUUAUAGUAGCUUACAGAAUAAAAAUACCAUUAAGAAAGACAGCAGCUGAGAAAUUUGCAUAUAUUGUAAUUUUAGACAAGUAAAAUAUGGAUGAAAAUGAAUAAAGUAUCAAGGGGAGAAAAUAUGUAUAAUCGUGUGAGUUACUUUUUCCUUUUUAUUUAAAAAAAUUAUAAAAUUUAUGCUCAUAGUAAAAAAAUUCAAAUGGCAGAAGGUGUACAGAGAGAAGUCACUUCCCCACCCCCAGGAGCCUGAGUGUCAUUCCAGAAGCAUUCUGUCUGUAUAUAAGCAUCAAUAUUUUUCAUUAAAAAGAAAACACAUCCACAUUUCACGGAUGUCUUUCCACAUCAGCAUAAUCAGACCUGCUUUGUUCUUGUAAGACCAGAUAAUUGAUGUAACCCGUUGCCUAUGGAUGGACACUCUGAUUGAUCCCAGUAUUCUAUACAUAAUGUCGUUAUAUCCUGGCACAGUGGAUGGGAGCGGGUGAGAACCAGGAAACACUUGCUGUAGAAGUUUGCAGUUCUGUUUGACUAGAAAAGAUUCUCAUGAUUAGAAAAGACUGGGAAGCAGUGUGGCUGGGCUGGCAGGCAGACUCGAGAUCUCGGCUCAGGAUCUCGUCACUACUAAAAGAACAAGGUCACCCCAGGGCAGUUCUGAAACAGCUAAUCGAUCACAUACCACUGCUGUGUCUGACGAGUGACUGCCGAGCACUUCUGACAGCAGAAGGGCAGCCAAGGUCACCCUCUCUUCGUGGGGAGAGAAUAACGGAAGUAUCUCAGCAAACAGCAAAAUAAAAAAAAAAAAGAAAAAAGGUUU